GAGUAGUUACAGUGGUGUCCUAACUGCCUGGUAGUUCGUGGAACUGAGGUAGUUACAGUGGUGUCCUAACUGCCUGGUAGUUCGUGGAACUGAGGUAGUUACAGUGGUGUCCUAACUGCCUGGUAGUUCGUGGAACUGAGGUAGUUACAGUGGUGUCCUAACUGCCUGGUAGUUCGUGGAACUGAGGCAGUUACAGUGGUGUCCUAACUGCCUGGUAGUUCGUGGAACUGAGGUAGUUACAGUGGUGUCCUAACUGCCUGGUAGUUCGUGGAACUGAGGCAGUUACAGUGGCGUCUUAAAAGACUGUAUUUCGUGGAACUGAGGUAUUUCCAAUGGUGUCUUAAAUGACUUGUAAAUUUCUGGUUUACUGGUCUUUUUAAACCGGGUUGGGAGUGCAUUUUCACGUGCCAACACCUGACGUAACAUUCACCUUGCACUGCCAUACUAGGCAGCAUGCCAGGGUUAUGGAGGAAGAUCACUGGCACUGUCAUCAUCACAAACGUGGAUGAUGAGGAAGGUGCCAGUGUGGUGGCCUCAACCCCACGUACAGGAGAAUCCAAGAAGAGCAAGACACAAGCCAAGCCAACCCCAGAACCUAAGGUCGAGCUGUCCUACGAGGAGAAGCAGGAGAAAACAGCUGAACUUAAGUACAAGAAAGAACCUACAUGCAUAGACAGACUGCUAUUCGGGAAGGUGGUGAGGUUGGUGUAUAUGCUGAUUCUCUGCUUCCUGUUAGGACUCAUCGUCCCCUACAUCCUAGCAACCUACGCCUUCAUACAGACCUCUGACAACGUGCGAGGGACUUGUGCCUUGAAUGUGUCCUACAGGUUUGACUGUCUGCCGGGCAAGGUGACGGGGGAAGAUCAAUGCCACGCUCUGGGCUGCUGUUUCAACGUGGAUAUGCAAGACAUGUACGCCCCGAUCUGCUACCACUCUGUGCCCUCAGAGUACGGCUACAUCGUGGAGGACACUAACGAUGAAGCUCUUGACUCUUACCCAGUUUUUCACAGGAUGGGAAGUGACGAAGACCUCACUCUUAACUUGACUUUCUUGAGGAAAGUGUCCAAUUUUGGGACUCCAUCCUGGCCCCUGCAGUUGAAGAUACAAAGACGGGGCAACGACGUGGUGAGGAUACUCCUGUGGAGUCCUGGACACGACGACCUUAUCAACGACGACUUUAUAUCCCACCCGGGGAGCGACCAGCAGCUAGACGUGGUCGUGGAAGAACAAGCAGGAGGAGACUUCAAUGUGACGGUAGUUCGCCUCUCCACCAACGAGACGGUGCUGGAGACGGUCUUCGGACCGCUUAUCUACAGUGAGAACUACAUGGAGAUCACCACCAGGCUCCCGACCUACAACCUCUACGGCCUCGGCCAAAGAGACAACUUCGAUCUCACGCCGGACUUCAGCCAACGGGAACGUUGGGCCUUGUACAACCGUGAAGAUGAGUUCGAAGCUGGGAGCAGCAGCAGUUUAGCCUACGGCUCUCACCCCUUCUUCAUGAACUUCGAGAACUCUGGUGACAUGUAUGGAGUGUACCUCAAAAACUCAGGCCCCGUGGAAGUCGGGGUGUUGCCCAUUCCAGCAGUGAUCUUCAGGGCUGUGGUAGGAGCCCUGGACCUCAGGGUGAUGGCCGGUCCAAGACCAAGGGAUGUGACUCAGCAGUAUACUAGCAUGGUUGGAGUUCCUGCCUUUCCUCCAUAUUGGUCACUGGGAUACCAUCUCUGUAGAUCCUCUGACAACUCUUCUGAGUACGACUUCAUCGUGGACACGAUGGAGGAGGCGGAGCUUCCUUACGAGAGUGACUGCAUCGACACACGUCUCAACUACCCGAACUCCUACGCUGCCCUCUCGUCGGAGGCACAGCAGAAGAUCCAGCAGGUGAGGAACUCCAGCCGCAAGUUCUUGCUAGUGCAGUACCCCUUCCUUCCCGUAGACAGCUCCGCCUACAAUGCAUCUAGAGAUAUGGACGUCCUUCUGAAGCUAAACGACUCCAUUCCCUACUUCGGCACCGUUGAGGGACAAGCAAUGGGUUAUCCAGAUUACUUCGAUGAGAAAUCCAGCAACUGGUUGAGUCAGUACGGUGACGCGUCCGCGGAGCUCUAUAGUCUGGCUGACGGGGUCAUUCUCUUGAGGAACACUCCACUGAACGAGGCCGUCCUCAAUUAUGUUGAAUGGAUGGAGCCAUUCCAACCUAACUGCACAGCAUCGACGCCCGAAGAGUGUUGUCCGAGCGCCAACCUGCCCUUCUUGCCGUUCGGACUCAGUGAUAUCAACAAUCGAACGUUGUGUUCGUUCCUCGAGCAUCCUGGGCUGGGGAACGUACCUCAUAUGGAGGACCAUAACGCCUACGGGAGUGCCUAUCUGAGGAGGGUGUACCAGGCGAUGCAGCAAACCCACAGCAACACCCGACCCUUCUUGACCAGCCAAACAACGGACCCAGGCACAGGUGUCCACGGUGGUCACCUAGGUGGCUUCUACACUCCAGACUUCAUCUCUCAGAAGAUGGGGCUGGUGCAGGUGCUGGAGAUGGGUCUCUAUGGCGUGCCCAUGGUCGGGGCACCUCUCUGUGGCACCGUCAAUGAUACCAAUGAGGAGCUGAGAUCAGAAUGGUGCCUGAGAGCUCACCAGACCGGAGCUUUCUACCCGCUGAUGAUAAGUUACAAUGAGCACUCACACGCCACCAGGAACCCUCCUAACCUAGGCAAAGGCUUCUCCUUAAAGCUCGCGUUGUACAUCAGACAGAGGUAUAUGAUUCUGCCGUACAUGUACACAUUGAUGUAUGAGGCCCACACCCAGGGAGGCGUACCUGUGGUCAGACCACUCUUCUACGAGUACCCCCACGAUCUCGGUUCACGAGGGGUGUCGAGUCAGUUCCUGGUGGGUGAGGGACUGAUGGUGUCCCCAGUAUUUACAUCCGUGCGUGAGGAGACUAGUGUCCCCGUCCACAUCCACUUCCCUCCAGGAUGCUGGUACAACUUGUACACGGGCGCCCUCUUCUCUAACAGCUCCAACGGCACGGAUCAAGAGGUACCCACACUCUUGACAGAUGUGAACGUGCACGUCAGGGGCGGUGUUGUGCUCCCCCUUCAGGGCAACCUUCAGGAUGCCGUUAUGACAACAGAAGAGUUCAGAGCGGCACCACUACACCUGUUGGUGGCGCUCUCCUGUCAGGUAAAUGACACCGAGGGAGCAGAGCCAGACGGUGCCACUGCUUCUGGCAGGUUAUAUGUGGAUGAUGGAGCGACACCUCUGGAACAAGAGCCUCCGGCAGACCACCUGCAGAUGCUGGUACGAGAAAACAGUGAACUGACCGUGACUCGACUCCCUCGAGCCUGGGAGGCAACGGCAUCUGUGGCAGCAGUCACAACAUCUCCACACUGAUAACUUCCGCCAGGGUGUUUGGUGCUCCACAAGUGAAUAAUGUGGUUGUGAACGGUAAGAAACACAGCUUCACCAGAGAGGACGACACAGGAGCUUUCACGGUCACCAAGCUCGACUUUGACUGGUGUGUGGAGGAUUCUCUGGUCAUCUCCUGGCAGUAAGAACCUCAAAGAGAAAACCAGAGAGAGCCAGUGUUGACUUGUGGAGGCUUGGAGAGAAGACGAGGCAGCUGGGGAACCCAGGCUCAGAGCUGGGAAGGUGGACGAUACUUUCUGAGACGUCCUGGUUCUUUGGAAAGAAAAAAAAAACCUGGACUGUUCCUGCAACACAACACCGGAUAGUACCCGCAAUACAACACUGAACAGUUUCCGCAACACACCACGGGCAGUGUUCCCGGAACAUAGGGAGCACUGCUCCAGUUAUAUACUCCAUUUCAUCAACCGUGUGACAGGGAAUCCAUCAGAUCGACAUUCAUCCAUCACCUCAUCACUCUGACCUUUGACCUUACCGACAGAAACAGCAGAACCUACAGUCAAGUGACCCCAAACAUCUCAAAGGCUCGCUCAAACUAAUACCAGUGUUAAGCCCUUAGUCGGAUGACUAUCGUUAAACCAAGAUCGAAAAGAUAUCAACACAACUUGUCUUUGACCAGAUGGACGCAGUUCUAGCCAGUGACACGGGUUCAAAGUCGCAAAUCCUUCCUCAAUUUCUAGUUCAGCUGCAACACCUGGUAUCUUAAACAUGUGUUUCAGAUGGCUCCUGACGCAGGUCAGGAGCCAUCUGUCACGUCCUGACGAGUCUUACCCUAAUGCCUAACACAUCACAACUGUUACAGUUAGUUCACGAACCGUUACCUCUUCUUCGCCAAACUUAAAAAAAAAAAGUUGCAAUCGACUCGUGUUUUGGUUUU